AGAAAACUAUGCGGGAGAGUGCGAUUUCACAGUGGGAGGCCUGGGACAGCGUCACAUCGGAGUCGACUCGCCGACCAUUCGAAAAGCGUCGCAGCGUCCACCUCCAGAGGAACAAUGAGCCUUGCAAAUGGGAACGUCGGCAGAGCCGCCGAUGACAACACACAGGCGCUCAGGCAGUCCAAGUUCGAGCUUGCCGUCGCUCUCACCCUCUUCACCUGGCCGGACCUGACUCUGGCCGUGCAGAACCAGUGGGGAGGCCCCGACAGCGCCGAGAAACGGGAGUGGUUCGCCGGCGCCGUCGUCGACCUGUUCCCCUCUCCUUCGGGCCCGCCUACGGACAGACCGGAGCUCGAAGACGUCGAGUCGCGGCUCCUGCAGAUCAUGGAGGACGAGUUCGAGGUCGUCGUCGACGACGACAGCUCCCUGGAAGUCGCGCAGCAGAUCAUGAACAUGUGGGAGCAGUGCAUGCAGGGAGACUUCAAGGGCGUUGACCAGCUGCAGCAAGACUAUUCAGCGAGGGGUUCAAGAGCUGACACGAUCAGGGCUGCGGUCGUGGACGACGACGACAGCAUAGACGACGAGGAGUGGGAUGAAGAAGAUGGCGAUGAUGAAGAUGUCGAGAUGGGCGAUGCUCCACCGGCUUUGGUGCCCAAGGAGAAGCCGGCGCCGGAGGUGGACGAGGACGGAUUCACAAAGGUCGUAGGCAGGCGCAGAGGGAAGUGAGAUGAGCAACUGGUUGCGCCGAGCGGACCAACCAUCCUCCACUCUGCCGUUCGCCUUGGGGAUGAGGUUAAUGUGUCCCCCAACCUCCCCUUCGGGCCUCCUUCUGUUCUGAUCUGGUGUGCUGAGCAAGCGCCACAUGCGAGAAUAUCACCAAUCCGCCUCGACAAAGUCCGAUGACGCUGCAAGCAAAGAAAAUAGACGCGAAUUGCACGAGGAUCCAAGUACAGCUUCGUAACGAAGAUUUGCGUACAGUGGAAUACAUCUGUCGUACAUCAAGACUAUCUGCCCCGGCGACUGGUUGCGUGUGGUAUUCCCCCCCCUUCUCCUUAGAAGAACCCUGUCAAUGUCCAUAACGCCUGUACAGCAUUCGCCGCCUUGUCAGUGGGCUCGUAGCAUCGAACAACUCUUCCGGCGCAUUAGCCCAAGUAAAAAAACACAACGUACCGGUCUCCAAUAGCAGGAGCGUUGAUUUGCUACUCCCAGUCAUCAUCGCUGUCUUCUGCCUUCUUGUCUGCCGUGGGGCUACCCGGGGCCCUGCUAGUAGCCCCUGACACGAUAUCGUACGACGCAUCGCUACCUGCAGUACUUUUCUCAUCAUUCGAUCUGCGGGGUUCCGAAGGCUUGAGCGUAGCAUUGUCUGAAUCGUCCUUGGCUGCUGGCUUUGAAGAUGAC